UGCUUUAACUCCAAGUGGUAAACAAACGAAAACGUAACUUUUAUCAAACUGAAGAAAGACCAUUGUUUUUAUUAUAACUUCACUAGUGUAAAGUGAUAAUGAUAAAGUAAAAAGCAUUGCGCAAUGUUUAUAUUUUCCAGUUGUAAGUUAUAGUAGCGGUGAGUUCCUCGGUAUUUACGUCAGGCCUAGUUGGUAGCGGUCGGCGUGACGUUGGCGCGAGUGGGUUAGCAGCUAUUCUGGUUCUGGAUCAAUACUGCGUUAUCAACCGCGCGCGCCUCCCCGCGAUUAGUUCUCGGCAGGCGCCGCGCGAGCCCGCCGCCUUCGCAUUUACGCGCUGCAUUCACUUAUCACUUUAUCACCUAACAUGUAAACCAUCGCCACAGCGACAAUGCCUCUCCCGGAAAUCAUCAAGCGAGCGUCCAGCUACUUCCUCGGCCUAGAGUUCGACGAGAACGACGAACCCCCAGACUACGUCGACAACGAAAUAUUAUUCUGCAAGAACAAUGUUUGCGUGCACCCGCCGACCGUCGCCAGGCACGAGCUGGACAUCGUGCACCACCCCGGCUACCUCACCGUCACCACUAAGGUGUUCACGGACCAGCAUAACAACUCCAAGCGGCCCACGCUCUUCCUCAACUGGAUCCCCAACUCCACUCUCAGGAGGUGCCCGUCGGCCGUCGAAACCAGCCCGACUAGCGACGAACUCGGCUACGCAUCCAAGAAAUUCAUAUACCCAAAGAAAACGUACAAACCUAAAAACGACUCCGCGAUCAAGGAAAAGCACGGCGAUAAUGAAACUGCAUUUUCCGACGCGUCUGAAACGAACAGUCUAAACUCUAACUCCGAUAAACACAGCCUAAAAUCGAGUGACAUGCUAACGAAUUCGACUACGCAGGACGAUCUGUCGUCAAGUUCAAAGCCGACGGUGAAAUCAGCUGGUUCGGAGAAGCAGGACGCGCUGACCGCCAGCUACGAGUCGCGGUCCGACGAGUCUAAAGACGAGGUGUUUGUGUAUGACAAGCAGCACGCGCGCUCGCAGUCCAUGACAUCCGUGAAUAUAACUAUAGCCAACCCGACCAUAGAGAACGUGGACUUGACCCCGGAUUCCGUCUCGGGGGAGCGGUUCAUCCGGUCGGUGUCGAUGAGCUCGUGCGACGAGGGGAACCCCAACUGGAUGAGCACUCCGGAGUUCCUGGCGCUGAAGCACAACCUGGUGUUCCCUGACAGCGCGCACAGCUCGCCCGCGCCGCAGCGGAGGGCCCCCAUGAAGUGUCGCCGCUUCUCAGUAGACCUGAGCCAGAUGCGCUCUCUCCGGCUGUUCUUCAACGACGACAACUGCACGUGCGGGCAGCUGGUGGUGGCGUCCCGAGAGUCUCAGUACAAGAUCCUGCACUUCCACCACGGCGGGCUGGACCACCUGGCGCAAGUGCUGCACCGGUGGCACUCGCUGCUGCAUAAUAUUAAGCUGACUCCAGGUUCGGAGGACCAGAAUCUCCCAUACCGGCACUUCAUGGUCUGUCGGCCGGAAGUCCAGAAAUCAGAACAGCACCCGGAAGAAGGGAAAGUCCCUAAAAUCACUCCAGAGCUUUUCUACGGGAAAUUCAUGAACUCUAAAGGGGUGGUUGAGGAUGAUCUGUUUUUGAGAAAAUGCGUGUUCUUUGGCGGCCUAGACAGAGAGUUAAGAAGGGAGGUGUGGCCGUUUUUGCUGCAUUGCUAUCCGUACAAUUCUACUUAUGAUGAACGAGAGGUUAUCUUACAAAUUAGGACGAGAGAAUAUGAUGAGAUAUCGAGGAGGAGACUUGAGAGAAUGACCCCGGAACAACAUGCGGUGUUCUGGAAGAAUGUACAAUGUGUUAUUGAGAAAGACGUGGUGAGGACAGACAGGGGAAACCCGUUUUUCGCCGGAGAGAAUAAUUAUAAUAUCGAAAUCAUGAAGAAUAUUUUGCUGAACUACGCCGUUUAUAACCCGCAACUAGGCUACACACAAGGCAUGAGUGACCUGCUCGCGCCAGUUCUCUGCGAGAUCAAGUGCGAGGCGGAGGCGUUCUGGUGCUUCGUGGGGCUCAUGCAGCGAGCCAUCUUUGUGUGCACGCCCACCGACAAUGACAUGGAUAAUAACCUUAGCUACCUUCGGGAGUUGAUCAGGAUAAUGCUGCCGCACUUCUACAAGCACCUGGAGAAGCAUGUCGACGCCAUGGAGCUGCUAUUCUGCCAUCGCUGGAUUCUACUUUGCUUCAAACGCGAGUUCACGGAAGCUGUAGCACUUCGCAUGUGGGAGGCGUGCUGGGCCAACUUCCUCACCGACUACUUCCACCUGUUCCUGUGCCUCGCCAUCAUCGCCGUCUACGCCGAUGACGUCAUCGCCCAAGACCUGAAUACUGAUGAGAUGCUGCUGCACUUCAGCUCUUUGGCAAUGUACAUGGACGGCCAGUUAAUCCUGCGCAAGGCGCGCGGCCUCCUCUACCAGUUCCGUCAGUUCUCGUGCAUCCCGUGCUCGCUGGCGGGGCUGUGCCAGCGCUGCGGGCCCGGCAUCUGGGACUCGGCGCACCGGCCCAGCGUGCAGUGCACGGGGCUGCACGACUUCUGUCAGCACGCUGUGCAGUAGACGGGUUAAAUCAACUUCCCGCGGUGACCGGUGAAGGGUUAACAUGGCUUUUGUUGGCAUGUCGUGCGGAAGACG